CAAGAAUCUCAGAGACCACACCAGAGGUUUCGAGCUGAGUUUCCAGAUUAAAGUGGAGUUCGAGAGGAUUGUUAUUGAUCUUUUGGUGACUGCGAUUCUUCAAAUCAGUCAUAAUGGAGUACGGCGAGGAGUAUGAUGAUUAUUAUCAUGGUUCAUCGUUUCAACAGUUGUACCAUUGCUACCCUGUAUCUUUUAUGAACAAGGAACAUCUAGAAAAGGGUGAUAAAAUUAUAAUGCCACCUUCAGCUCUUACGCGUCUGGCCUCUAUGCAUAUUGAUUACCCAAUGCUAUUUGAACUCAGUAAUCUUGAUACCAAACGAGUUUCACAUUGUGGUGUCCUAGAGUUUAUUGCUGAGGAGGGUGUCAUCUUCUUGCCAUACUGGAUGAUGGAGAACUUGCUACUACAAGAGGGUGACAUUGUGCAAGUAAAAAACACCUCUCUUUUGAAGGGAAAAUAUGUGAAGCUACAGCCUCACACGAAGGACUUUUUGGAUAUUUCUAACCCAAAAGCAAUCUUGGAGACAACAUUAAGGAACUUCACUUGUUUGACCACCGGUGACACUAUCAUGAUGCCCUAUAACGAUAAGAAAUUUUACAUAGAUAUUAUAGAAACUAAGCCCACCUCAGCGAUAAGUAUUAUUGAGACAGAUUGUGAGGUUGACUUUGCUCCUCCUCUUGAUUAUAAGGAGCCUGAAAAACCUGCAGCAUCCCAUCUUCCAAGUCAAGAGGAGCCAGCAAAGGAAGAUGCCAAAUUCAGCCCAUUCACCGGGGCAGCUAGACGUUUAGAUGGGAAGCCAUUGCCCGAAUCACUUGUAUCAGUUUCCUCGUCUGUUCUAAAGGAACACCGACCAGAGUUUGCUAAUGGAACAAAUGGCUCCAGCUCAUCAAGCAAUCCAUCACGUCGUCACUCGGGAAAACUUCUUUUUGGUUCAAAUGUGAGGCAGGCUUCCAAUGAAAUGCCAAAGGUCAUCCCAAAUAAUACCAAGCAGGAGCCUGAGAAGAAGGAAGAACAGAAGUUCCAAGCAUUCACUGGGAAGAAAUAUUCAUUGAGAGACUGAUGUUUGAUGGUGUUUAUGAAAAGAAAAAAAUUCUGGUGAAAGAAUAAUUCACCAGAUGAGGACUCACUAGAAUGUUCUUAUUAUCCCACUUAAAAGUUUCCUUUCAUAUGUCAGUUCCUCUGUUGGUCUCUGAAAGUUAUGGCUAUCAGAUGUAUGAGCAUUCUUCCCUUGUAUAUUACACCCCAAGAACAUCUUUGAGAUCUCUUAAA